CUAUUCAAGAAUGCUUGCUUUGAAACGCAAGGGUUGAAAUUUUGUCGAUAGGAAUGGCGGAGAAAGGAAAUAUCGUUGUUGUGCUAAACGAGAGAAAUCAAACGAAACCGGCUGGCUGGUUUCCUUCGGUUAUUUUUCUUUCUCUGUAGUUUUUAUUGCGUUUGACACUAUUUCCAGCAUUAAUCGCACAACGAUGCGUUAACUAUCGCGUAUCUUGCCCAGGGAGCGAAAAUACUUUUAGAUAUCGAUCAGCCAACCCAGCGGGAUAACAUAUAGAAAAGUGCAUUCGCGACGACCGCCCCGACGGAGAGGAUCCAAAUUACUCGCAUUACCUGUAACCGCGUGGACCCGUCACGUUUUCCCAUUAUCGUUGACUUUCGCGCGACUUUCAUUACGCGCGGACGCUGAAACAAACGAUCUCCAGCUGAUCGUCCUAUUAAUGUUCUCCGAGAGCGUGAAGGGGACGCCACGUUUAUCUGACAGCUCCACUUUUCCGACCAGCUUCUGUGGCGUGAGAAUGGCAGCGUGUCGUAGGACAGCACCAGUCUCCGGUAGCUACUUGCCACCGUCCACCAGCUACGGUACACCCAACUUAGGAGGAGGAGGUGGAGGCGGCGGUGGUCGACCUUCCCCCAACUACGGCGCGCCUCCUUCCUCAAGUUACGGGGCACCGUCCGGCGGCGGCGGCGGUGGAGGUUUCGGUGGAGGUUUCGGAGGUGGUCGCGGUGCACCCUCCGGUAGCUACGGAACACCUCCCGUAGGACGUCCGUCUCCCAAUUACGGUGCGCCUUCCGGCUUUGGCGGUAAACCGUCGUCGGCUUACGGAGCACCUUCGAACGGAGGUGGCAGGCCCUCGUCUACUUACGGCGCACCUUCCGGUGGAGGAGCUCCCUCGUCGAGCUACGGAGCACCGUCGAAUGGCAGACCCUCGACCGGUUACGGAGCACCUGGUGGCGGUGGUGGAUACUCCGGCGGCGGCGGCGGAUACUCCGGCGGCGGCGGUGGAUACUCCGGCGGCGGCGGAUACUCCGGCGGCGGUGGCGGAUACUCCGGCGGCGGUGGGCCGUCCUCUACAUACGGAGCACCAUCGGGAGGUGGAGGCGGAUAUUCCGGCGGCUCCGGCGGUUACUCCGGAGGUGGAGGCAGGCCGUCCUCGAGCUACGGCGCCCCAAGCUUUGGCAACGGCGGCGGCGGCGGCGGCGGACAGAAUUACGCCAGCAACGGAGGAUACCAAUAUUAAUCCAGACCCGGCAGCGAAACAAUCUCUGUGCUCCAUCGGAUUGUACGACCAGACACAUUCCAUCCUAACGUCGACGAUCGAUUUCAUUAAUCAGACGUCGUUGAGAAACUUUCUUCUUUUUUUCCGAGAAAACGGCGGGAAAGGGCCGUUUGCCGGUGUCUAUGGUGAUUAGACCGAGAAUAAACGGAUAUAUCUUGGACGUGAUAGACGAAGGGACCAUGUGUCUUUGAUGACUGUGGGAAUAAUCGUGCGCGGAUGUGUCCUUCGUUCCAAUCUGACAGGGAAAAGAGAGAAGUCGCGCCGUGCUAUGUUUCACAAAGACGGGUUCUCGAACGGAAAAUAUUCGACGCGUGAACAGCCAAAAAAACGGGGAGGCCUCCCAUCUUUCUUAUUAUUACUACGCGCUUCCAGAAAAGUGUCUGUUCACUGAGUCUUCCGUUGACAUCGAAAGAUGCGCGAAGAAGAACGAAGGAGAAUGAACGAAGAUUCUAUAUUUGGAGCCUGUAACUUAUUUAUUUUGUAAAGACGCUUUUUGUACUA